GGAAGAGGUGAUAAGCAAUGUGGUGAUGACGAUGAGCCGGUGAGCAGCACCCUCCUGUGGGCCAGGUCUGUAUUUGUGAGGUGCAAGAAAUGUCAGGUUUGGUGCUACCUGGACUUUACAAUAUGUGUAGUUGCAAAGCCUGGUAUUACAUAUUCAGCCUUAAAAAAAAUUACUGCAACGUAUUUCAGUGCUAUUUAGCAUAACAGAUUAUGACUUGGUUGGGUCAUGGCCAGGAACAGUCAGAGCAAAAUUAGAGCAGCUGUAGCUGCAGCUCUGGGCAGUUACUGCAAGAAUUAUCUCUGCAUACCUGUCCUCGAGUUGCACAAAAUGUUUUGUUGAUCCAGCAUGGCUCAGCUUUUCCCUGAGGAUGCCUUUUACCUUAGGUGACCUCAGUGCACAUGCUGUAAUUUUCAUGCUGGUGCCAGCAGGGUGGUAGGAGCACUCAAUUAUGGAGAAUCCCAGCUGGAGCUUUCUGCUCUCUUCGAAAAGCACAGGACAGGCAUUGCCUUCAGCUGCGUAACUCUGACCCCUGCUGAUGCAGAGCUAACGGGCUUCAAUCAGCAGCACCCUUUGCCUGUCUCUGCCUUCCCUGUAGUUCUCACCACACGUGCUCCUAUCUUAGACCCCCAGCCCCAUCCCCUGGCUCACAGCCCCGUGCAGGCGUUCCAGGGGAGCAGCCCAUGCAGAGCCCGCCCAGCACCUGGUACACAGCCGGUAAAACAGAAAAACCCAAAGGCAGAUUAUGCUGAGCUGGGUUUUAGCCCAGCCUGGCCAGCCCUUCAGUGAUCAACUCGCCAGUUCUCCAGCGAGGGAAUUUGAAGAUGAAAGUAUCGUACGGAAAAUGGAAAUUCGGGUCAUUUGCUGAGGAAGAAGACGGAAAAGGAAAAUGAGUGAGUAGAGACAACGUCGGACAGGCCAUGACACAAGAUAAGCCACAACUAGGAAGGAUUAUGAAGCAAAUGAAGGGAUUGUCUUUUAAGGGUAAGAGGAAUGACAAGGCUGGGGAAAGAUUGAGUCUGUUACUGAAAGAAGGGGAAGGGAAAGCAGAGCUAUCAACAGAUGUACCUGAAAAUACAAGAGCUGUGGAGGAAUGGCAGAGAAAAAAGAAUUCAUAUAAAUAAAUAUAUUGAGCAGCUGGCUCCCCUUUCCCUGCUGCCAGAGAGCACUGAUGUUUAUUUACUCCUAAUUACCAAGCUGCAGACCUCCACUGAUGAGAUAAAUGUAACUCAGGAUGCUCAUCUUCCAGUCUUCCCCUCUCCUUCCCUCCAGGUGUCUCCACAGUGUCGAAAUCAAGGGCUGGUGAAAAUGCCAUCUCUCUGUACCACACAUCACCUCUCUGAGCACCAUGGGCUCUCAGCCCCCUGCCCAAGCUCAGAACAGGGUGUCAGGACGGUGCUGCCUGAGUGCCAGGUGUUUGUCCUGCUCCAGGCGGCAAUGGCACACCCAGCAAAGUCUUAGAGACCACAUCGGUGGAAAAGAAGAAGUGGAGACUGAGCUCUGUUUGGCUGGCUGCACCUUCACUGGCUGGGGCGAGAUAAAAGGGCCAGUGCUUGGCUGGGUAACGCAGGUCUGUUCCCAAGGGAAGGAGCACGCGGACCAGAAGGAAGGCAAAGGAAACAGCUCUCCUGGGGCCAUGGAGGACACGUCAAGCCACAAGUCAGGACAGAGCGAAGAGGUACAGAGCUCCCCAACACCAGAAGAGGGUCCUGCCAAUUUUAUACAUGUCCAAUUGGAGGAGUAUGAGCCCGCAGACUUCAGCACCAAGGAUCUCAUCCUAAAGAAAGCCAGAGAGGUCUGUACAUGCAGUCGGCAAACCAUCAUCACCUUCUUCUGUCGGUUGUUCCCAGUGCUGGACUGGCUUCCCCGUUACAACGUCAAGACGCAGUUGUUUGGGGAUGUGGUGUCUGGGCUCCUGGUGGGGGUAGUUGCCAUCCCUCAGUCCAUCUCCUACUCCCUCUUAGCCAACCAGGAUCCCAUCUAUGGAAUCUACACCAGCUUCUUCUGCAAUAUCAUCUACGUCGCUAUGGCCACGUCGCGCCAUAACUUCGUGGGCCCCUUUGGUGUCCUGUGCCUGAUGAUCGGGCAGUCUGUGGACCGGCACCUCCGGCUAGCAGGGUACAGUGACAGCAGUGCUGGCUCUUCGCUGGGGGGCAACUCCACUUCUGUCAGCAAUGGGACAGGUCUCUGUGACAGGAGCUGCUACGCCAUCACUGUGGCUCUUUCCUUAAGCUUUCUGGUUGGCCUUUACCAGAUCCUGCUGGGGAUUUUGCAGCUGGGCUUUGUGGCUGUCUACCUGUCAGAACCUCUCCUCAGCGGCUUUGUGGCCGGCUCCAGCCUCACCAUCAUCACCUCCCAGAUGAAGUAUCUCCUGGGACUGAAAAUACCUCGUCACGAGGGGGUGGGGUCCUUCAUCCUGACGUGGGUUGACCUUUUCAGAUACAUCCAGGGCACCAAUAUCUGUGACCUGGUCACCAGUCUGGUUGCUUUGGCCAUCAUAGUGCCUGUCAAAGAGAUCAAUGACCGCUAUAAGGAGAAGAUGAAGGCCCCAUUUCCCAUAGAGCUGCUGGUGGUCAUUGUAGCCACAGUGACAUCUUACUACUUUAACUUUGAAGAGCGAUACAAGUCUGCUGUUUGCGGGCAUAUCCCCACUGGCUUCAGUAAACCCACUCUACCAGAUAUAAACCUGUUUUCCAGCCUGGCAGUUGAUGCUCUGCCUAUUGCUGUUAUUGGCUUUGCCAUGACCAUCUCCUUGGCGGAAAUCUUUGGUAAAAAGCACGGCUACACUGUCCGUGCCAACCAAGAGAUGAUUGCCAUUGGCAUGUGCAACCUGGUCCCUUCUUUCUUCUACUGCUUUGCCAGCUCUGCAGCGCUGACCAAGACUCUGCUGAAGGAGUCUACGGGGACCCAGACCCAAGUCUCUGGCCUGGUCACCUCCCUGGUGCUGCUGCUGGUGCUGCUGUGGGUCGCCCCGCUCUUCUACUCGCUGCAGACCUCCAUCCUGGGGGUGGUCACCAUCGUCAACUUGCGGGGGGGCCUGAGGAAGUUCCAUGACACCCCCCGCAUGUGGCAGCUCAGCAAGCUGGACACGGUGGUGUGGUGGACGACCAUGCUGUCCUCCACGCUGAUCACCACAGAGAUCGGUCUCCUCGUGGGCGUCUGCUUCGCUCUGCUCUGCGUUAUCUUCCGCACGCAGAGGCCCAGGGCCACGCUCCUGGGCAAGGUCAGCAACACGGAAAUCUAUGAGGACCGGUCCACUUACAAGCAGCUCAGCAGUAUUGCCAACAUCAAGAUCUUCCGCUUUGAGUCAUCUCUCUACUAUGCCAACAAGGACUAUUUCAAGACUGUUCUUUACCAGAAAACUGGGGUAAAUCCUGUCCUGCUGGCUGCUAAGCACCAAAUGGUGGGGGCCCGGGCAAAUGCAGACACAGGCAACAACAAGAGCUUUUUUGGCACCAGGUUUGGCUGCCUGAAGCCUGCCAAAAAAAGGACUGAGAAGCCUCCAGCCGAUGCCUCUCCUCCCUCCAUAGAUAUGCACACCUUAAUCCUUGACUGUGGGGCGAUGCAGUUCAUAGACACUGUGGGUCUCUCGGUGCUGAAGGAGAUACACCAUGACUACAAGGAGAUUGGUGUCCAGGUGCUCCUGGCCAACUGCAACCCUUCCAUUCGCCACCAGCUCCGGGACGGAGGUUGGGCUGGCAGGACAGACAGCGGUGGUCAGCUGGCGUUCCACAGCGUCCAUGAUGCUGUCCAGUUUGCUGAGCAGUGCUAUAAUGAGCAGCAGGACAGCAAGGAGAAAAAGGAUGCUCUCCUGGACCCCGAAGACCUGGACUUCCAGGUGUCUUUGUAGACCUGUGUGUGAGGGAUGGUUUCUAAUGGGGAUGGGCUUGGGACACAAUUGAAAGCAGUUGUGAUCUUUGUGCAGACAGAGAAUGCAAAAAAGACUUUGAUGGCAUGGGGUGAAAGGGUCGGGGAAGGUGUGGAUUUCAGGAGAGAAUGCCAACAGGCACAUAACAACAGCAAAUCAUUUUCUGUGUGGAUUUUAGGAGAGAAUUCCAACAGGCACAUAACAACAGCAAAGCAUUUUCCUUAAAAACAAAGAAGUUUCAGAAAACAGGGCUGGAGGAGCCUCAGCUCUGGGGCAGACGUGGGGACAUGUCCCUUCUGCUGGGCUGGGACUGGCAGCAUCUGGCUGGUUCUGCUUCUGCAUCCCGGGGCUGAGUCCUUGCUCCGCAGCAUUGCCAAGUACCAGAAUGACUUUUCUUCUGUGAACUCCAUCUGCAAAAAACACCCUCUGUGUUGCAAAUUUAAUAUGUGACUAUUCCACUGGCUUCACCCAAGAAAUGCCGCACCAAGGAUAUCCCACUGAAGGGAGCUCUGGCUUUAACAGCUGCUUAGGAGACUGCUGUAAAUAAAAUGUAUGCAAAAGAAAACCUGGCUGUGCUCAGGGAAAUGUCUACUUGUGGUCAAGAGACUAAUUCAAAUGGAUUAAAGAGCACAAUAUGCCCAGCUGCUUGCAGGUCCUUGGAACAAGGUUAAGUGUCAGGUGAAGCUGGAUUGACUGAAGAGGCCAGAGCAAGGCUUGCAGGGCUGGGUGGACGGGUGUGCAUGGCACCCCAUGGCUGCAGCCACCAGCUUCUGUCCCCAGAGCUCCUCACCAUCCAUCACAGCGUGAGGCAACUCCCCAGGGAGGUUGCAUCAGCCAUGGAGCAAUGAAUAAAGGGGCAGUUUGGUGUCUGAGCAGGAGAGAAUCAGCAAGUCAGUAGAGAAUAAAGGCCUUGUUACCUGCAAGGAUUAUGACCUUCCUUCCCCUUUGGAAUAGCAUUGCUAUCAUUUUCUUUAUAAGACAGUUUAUGGGGAAAAUUAGAUUGGUUUACUUAGACUUUAGAUGUUUUUAUGAUCUCAGUGGGGUCAUAAAGCCACAGCAGGAAAUAAAACCAGUGCUGAUAAUUCCUGGGCACAGCCUGGUGCGAGAUAGUGCAGAUGAGAUCACUGUCAGAGCAGCGGUUCCCACAGCCUUCUGAAUGCGAAACGGCUGUUUAAUUGAGCAGUUCCCAUUCAGAGCUCUGAAAAUGCUAAAGAGAUAUCGGGCAGUUUUUAUAGGAUGCCUUCCCUUGGAAAGGAGAACAGAGGUGGCAAACUCCUUCCAUCUCCAGUCCAGCCCAGAGCAGGCUGCUCACCCAGAUCUCCCUGCCCAUCGGCUCCAGCAUCACCUUCCCGUCCACAAGUCAAACCUCUGGGUGACCCAGCAUUCUUCUGUUCCCCACACGUCGCCAAGGUAGCUCAAGGAUGAUUGCUAUUUUUAUAUCAGUUCCUAUUAAGAGGCCCUGGGCUGUAAAUGACACAGAGGAGAGAUGAGGAAGGACAAAUGACACAGUCCAAGGUCAGUUUAUAACCAGUGUCACGCGAGAUCAGGCUGGCCCCUUGCUGCCUACAUCUCCUGGUGGAAGUAGAUGUGGGUGGGAAGGGACUGCAACCGUGGGCCAGUUCCCAGUGACAAAAGGGCUCCUGGUGAGGGUGCGUGGCACUUGUCUGCCCCAGCACCCAACUGCAACAGCCCAAGUCCCCCGGUUUGCCUUGACAUCUCCAUUGGGGCUGACCCACUGCAUCUCCCACCCAAGCGGACCUGCCGCUGUGUCCCCCAGAGCAUCUCGUGUGCUGUUCCCCUAAAGCUUCGCCAGGGGCUGGGAAAUGUCACGCAGCCGAAAACAAAUGUUAUCCCUCCUGGUAAGCAAGUCACUUGCUAUUCUCCUUCUCUCUCCCCCCUGCCUUGCUGUGGAUCUAUAAAUACUCCAGGAGUGUGACAAAUAGAGGAUUGCUGCUAAGGCUUCGUCAUUUGCAGUUGGAGCUGACUGCGCAACUGUUAAUUAUGCCUCGGUAGCAACUGGACAGGUUUAAAUCCUUUUGAAGGUUUGAAAUGUUCCCUCUGGGGAGGUUUAAGGCAUAAAGGUUGUUGCAGCUGAUGGGCGUUUGCUUCCUUUUCUAGAAAGCAGAUGAGAUUGCUGCAGGGAGGGCUCUUCUCAUUUCCAUUGCCUGUUCCUAGAAACACACUCUUUGUAUAAUGGCAAGAAGCUGCUUUUGCAGACCUCUAACUGCAAUAAAGCAGUUAGCGUGCUGCUGGCACGUGCAUAAAAUGCACACAUGCAAGCUUUCCCUAGAAGACAAAACUGUUAGAAAGGGAAAACAUUGAGCUGCAGGCGAUAGCAACGCAUUUCCUGGGGGGUUAGGGCCAGCAUUAAUGCCUCACUGGAGAUAACCCUGUGACAGAGGAAUCACCAGACAGUGGCUUGGGCAGACAUAGUCCACCUGUGGGUGAAAAGCUCCGUGCAGGAGCGAUGAGUCUGGAUAAAAACACUUUCACAGCUUCUUUUAAAGAAGGGGGCUCCCUGGGCUGCAGCCUGACCUGCAGGACUGCGGAGAUAAGGGCAGGUUCUGCUGGCUGCCCUGGCAGCUCAAGACCUCAGCUGGGGACACCGCGAUGCCGUCCCGAAGCGCUGGGGCUGGGCUGGCCUCGGGGGGCAUCUGGGUUUGGCAACAAGCAUCUCCCAAGGGCCCAGGUAGAUGAGGGAUGCUCAUGGUGCGGGUCCACCCAGCCCUGUCCUCUGCCAGCACGGCCGAGCCUGGCACAGCAAACCCCUUGUGGGUGAUUUUCGGAGGCUGGGGAGCUGCAGUGCUGGUACCAGAGCAUGGAUGGUGUGCCCAUCGCCUCCGUGCCAACCCUGCCCCGGCUCGAUGGGUCAAACAGCACCGCUUCCCCAGGAAUUGUUUAGCAAAGUGGAAAAUAGUGUUUCCAGACUGUGGCGGGGGUUUGUCAUGACAUCCAGGGGCCAGUUCCCGGUUAGAUACAGCGUGUUAGGGUAAGAGUAGCACACCAAGGAAAACCAUUGAUGUGAUGGGAUGUUGGAAAAAUAAAGGUCAGGGAGAAUGAGGGAAGAGCAGAGCUCUGCUGGUUGAGCGCAGCCGGGGCAGCUCCCAAGGAGGGGACGUGCACUGGCCGGCCCCCCGAGCCAUCCCGGCGAUUUGCUAACGAACUGGCUCCGCUGCUGGCAAUGCCGAUUUGAACAGCGAAAGUGGGGGAGCUUGUGCCAGUGGGACUGAGGAAAGUGAGGAAGGGGCAGGAGGGAGGGGGUGGACAUGGACACACGGACACACGCUGCAGCGUGGGGAGCGCUGGGCUCCACGCUGCUUUCUUGGCAGCUGCCGCCUGGCUGGCUAAUUACUGCACGUUAUCGUGUCCCUUGAGAGCUUGAAGUACUUGUAAGUAAUAAUAAUAACAAUGAUAACAGUCAAGAUUAAAAAUCAUUAAUAAAGCAAACUGUAGAGGAGACUGGAUGCUCAGCUGCAUGGAUAACCCAGGGUCUCCCCCAGGGUCCCUCCCUGGGGACGAGGCCAGUGGUACAUGGAGAUGGUCAUGGUCCACCUGAGCAGAACAAGGAUUUGGAGAGAUUGCAGAAGUGCCGCUAAACCUUCUGUCUCCGAUAUAUUAUUACUGUCUCCUCCUUUGUGGGCUGCUUGCCCAAAAAUACCUCAAUUUCAGUUAAAAGACGCGAGAGGAGAGUUGACAAGCAGAUGCCUGACCCUGGGGACCUUAUUACCGAGGCUGGAGGAGCCAGUGAGUGCCUCUGUUCUGAUGGCUCUGCUUGCUGCACCAGUAGGUGGCACAAACUGGGGGAUAGUAGAAGCAGUGAAUGAUGGCCCAAACAACCUGCAGCUGCUAUCAAAUCAAGCUGUGGAGGCAAUGAUGUUCCACAGAGGGCUUAAAGGAGAGCUGGAUCUUGUGAGCACAGCUAAAGGUUGUGGUUUCUGAUUUAUUUAUUGAUUUAUUUAAAUCUAGUGAUAACACGGGUCUUGGAAACUUGGAGAGAAGCUCUUUUCCUCGGUGCUGUCAUCAAUGAAAAAAGGUGAGGAGGAUAAAUUGUUUGUUGUAAUCCCGGUUUCUAGCAGCCGACAGACAGAGGGCACAGGGGUGGCCAGGGCAGAGUCCUGGACCGGGGGUGCUUUUGAUGGGGACAGGGGGAGCAGAGGGAGUUUUGUGUCCAUCUGUUUGGCAUCAAGGGAAACCUCCGAGAUUCUUGGCUUUCAGGAAGGGAAAAAAAAAGGUCAAAGCAGGGCAGGAAGAUGGUAAAGAGAGCGAGAGAGCUGGCAAGGCAGGGAGGGAGCUGAAAUGAGCUUCAUUUGCUUGGUCUGAAAAUACCUGAGGCACAGAUGAGGGUGAGUGUUUAACUGGACUCCAGUUCCAGCUGCACCGGAGCAGCUCUGGUCAUCUGCUGCCCUUAGGUUUUAUGGCAAAAUCCUGCAGUUUUGCCAGGUCCUGCAGUUUCUGGGGCCUUUGGUGGGUGUCUGAAGAGCCCUCGCCCCUGGGAAUGGUUGAAGUCUGUGAAGAUGGCUGUUACAUCUUAAAAAAAAUCAAAGUAUAUAGCCCACAUAAUUAUGGGAAAAGCACAGAAAAGGAGGGUUUUUUUCAGCCUAGAAGCUGAAAAGAGUCCAACAAGAAGAAAAUCUUUCUUGUAUUUUCUUCUUCAGUGACUGAGAAGUGUGUUUCAGCAGAUAGAAUUGUGGUUUCUUUAUAAAGUCGACACAAGAUUAAAUGUAUUGUAAAAUACCUGCCAAGUCAGAUAGCAGCUGAGACUCAGAGCAGGUAUUGGAUAAUAGAUACUAAAGUUCAAUAAAGCAAAGGAAAAAGAACAGUGGUGAAGGCUGCUAUCUCCAAGCUGUUUGCAUUUCAAACCGCCUCUGCCGAAGGAUCUGUUUGUCGCGUUUUCUAUGUUAACUCAUUUUUUUAAGGAACAUUUAAUUGAAUCUUUGCACUUCCAACAAAAGCCAGCCCUCUUCUUCCAAAUCGAUAUUUCCUCUAAGUGCAACAGUUGUUGGUGCUGAGUGUCCCCUGCCACCGGGAGGUGACAGCCCGGGACGCUGCUCUGCGCGAGUGGGGACGCAGGGACGAGGCUGCUGUGCUUGGUGUGUGCUGCUGGGGGGCACUGGGGCGCAGAAGAGGGUUCACUGUAGGGAUUUAAGUCUGGAGAGUAUUUAUUUCGAGAUGAGGUGGCACACCAAAAGUAAGUUCAAAAUCAAGGCAGGCGAAUGUUCGGUGCCGAGGGGAGCAGGGGCUCGCAGCCACUGGAUGGCAUCGUUGUUUCACACGGAUCAGAGCUGCUGAGGAGCCGCUGCAGGAGCGUGGGCACCAGUUUUUGGGAGACUCUGUGGUUCGCUCUAACCGUGACGUGGCCGUGGCCUGAGUGAUGCCGCACGUUGCCAGAUCUGCCAUCCCAGGGCAGAGGGCGUUGGGAAGAGGCUGGUGUGUGCCACGCUCAGCUGUCCCCAUGGGUGUCACCGCUGCGGCUGGGCUGGUGUCAGCUCCCUGCCUGCAGAGAGGACGGGCCCAGCCUGGGGCUGCCAAGGGUGACAGAGGAUGGAAGGUCCCUGUGUGUCCUUUGCUGCCCUGGUGCAGAUCAAAGGCAGCUGCUGCUGACGUACCCUCACUGUGAUGAGGGAGGACUUGGGAUCCAGGGGUCAGCAGCCAUGGCCUAUGGCAAUCCAAGGUUAGGGGCUGGUGGCAUCCACACAAGAUGUUACAGACACCCUGGAGCCCUUUUGUGUUUACCCAGGUCCUGUGCUUAUCUCCUACCACCCUUCCUUCCAUCCCCACCUGUCCAGGUCACUGUGACUCAAAAGCAAUGGGGUCGUUCGUCCCUGUGCUCUGCCCACAAGAAGGGAACAUCUCACUGUUUGUUGUGGGGAAGAGGCAACUCAGCACAUAAGGAAGAAGCCAGCGGGUGCGACGGUCCCUGCAGCUGCAGUUGCAGCAGACGAUGCUGAGCAGGCACUGUUUGAAGGAGACUUGCUGCUCUCAAGCCUUCACAUGCGGAUUGGAAAGAAAAUACCAGAGAAUCUGAUGCUUUGUUGGUGGGGUGAGCACCUAAGAACGCUUCCUUGAAGUGUGAGACAGCCCUUCUGCUAAUACUGCUUUUUAACUACCGGCAUAAGCAUCUCCUGCCUCUCCGACUAAGACAUAUACCUGUUCAUAGGCUUUGGAGCUGUCAGUAUCUCUUCAUCUAGUGCAAGCACUGCUGAAAGAAGCAGGAACAUUAGUGCAUAUUAAAGCAUUAACUUCGGGAGAAGCCCCUGGAAGAACCUGUGCAUUUGUAUGAGCAGGGAAGGACCGUUUCCUCUCUGUUUCUGCACAAGAAACAGAAAGCACCAGCUGACACAGGCGUGUUGUGCACUCCAGAUACACAAAAGGGCUUUUCACACAAGGGGCAAGUAAUCCUGGAUCCCCUUGCUGCCAGAAGCCAAAAAUGUGUUUGUAAUGCGGCAGGAGGAAUUAAAGGAAGAAUAAUUAAUUGAGGCAGCAGUGUCCCCUCUGGCUGAGGGACUUGUUUAACCACAGAUCACUGGAAGCUCCACGAGCGCCCCGAGGACACCGUGUGCUUGCCUGAGCCUAUGUGCCCGACCCCUCUCAACCUCUUCCUUAGGUACCCGCUAGAAGCCACUAUAAAGAUAAGGUAUGGGAUUAGGUGAACCACUCUCCUUCCCCAAGAGUAACCGGGCUGAAUACUCCUGGGAUGCUUUAGGCUGCUGUGGCUGGACCACAGGCAGCCAUUUAUUUAUUUUCUUCUCUAUUUUUCCCCCCCCUACAAACUGUUUUAAUGCAAAUAACUGACUGCGCGUGACCUCGAGGAGGAAGCAGAGCAGCUGCUGGGGUGAAAUGUGAUUUCCUUUUGCUGAGCCUUCCACCCCUGUGCCGGGCUGGCCUCACAUGCCCAUUAUUCAGCUUUAAAUAUCUGCCGUGUUUGGGAAGCUGCAUAAUGAAUUCCCCUUUAAGUCUGUGCGAAUGCUGCUGUGUGUUUUGCCAAAAUCAGCGUGGAAACUGCAAAAAGGAGAAGCGAAGACGGCUGAAGGUGAAACUUGCAACAGGCGAGUUAGAUUUUGAUGGGGAAUUUCUGGUAUUUGUUUCUUAGAAGUGAAAAUACUUAGCUGCCUUCUGCAUUUCUUGGAACCCAGCUGUUGCUCUCGGUCCUAGCUAUGGAGAGGGAAUAGCCACGUGGCCACCUUGUCAAAGCCCAACCGAAACAAAUGGGUAUCACAGCUCCGAGAUGGGCAGCUCUGGUUUGACUUUUAUUCUGCUGAGCUGCUGCAAGUCACUCUGGACACAUAAAUGGGGAAUUAAUGAUUGGAAAUAAUGCUUCUCCACAAAGCAAGUAAAGGACUUGGGAAGUUCAGCAGCUCCGGGGACACUCGAUGGGAGAAGCCACAGCGGCAGCUUGAGGGUUCCAGCACAGAGCAGAGGGUGAAAGGCCAACAAGUGGGAAGGGAAAAGUCACUCUCCAGGUUUAUUUUUGUUUGUAUUUUAAUAGUAGGGCUGCUCACAAGUGGAAUGGUGUACGUGCUGCCAUGGAAACAGCAGCCUUGGUCCCCGGCGCAGCUCACAGCCAUCUGCAAGGGAAUAAUUGUUGGCCUGUUCGUGUAAAACCAUCCGGGGUGGUGCCGGGCGGCAUGUGGCCAGCCAAGGGGAAACCUCUCCGAGACACGACAGGACAUGCUUGUCACACUGAAUAAUGGGAUGUUCAAACGCCAGCGGACAGGAUCGGCAACGUCCUGUCUGGAGAUGAGCUGACGUGCAAAACCAGCAUGAAUCAAAUUGGUUUGAAUGAGUGUUUGAUUGCCAGGGGCUGCAGCACUUUGCGUGCGAUGCUCAUGGGCAUUCAUGCUUCUGGGUUUUCAGGCCGUGCGAACGCUGAGAUCUCCGUGCAAGUAGAGGUCUGCGUGUGCAAAGAAGAGUCUUGUGAGAGGCAAGAGCGUGGGAGCACCCAGCAGGCUGCUGCUGCUGCGGAGCUGAAUUUCACCUGCUCUGAGGUGGGAAACGGAGCCAGGUUAGUUUUCCGCAUAUGAACAGCUCAACUGAAUAUCCUGGGCUUACGAAGCUCUUGGCGUGAAGCAUGUGCAGAAUACUGAGCGUGGCCAGCAUUUGCCAAAACUGCUGGGGAACCAAGUCCUGCCUUUACUCAACGAUGUGUUGGGCUUCAAAUCUGUGAUGAGCAGGUUCUGUUCCAGGCAGCUGCUCUACCUGAAAACAGAUGCACAUGGAAAAGAAACGCACAAGAGAAAUGGCAGAGAAUUACCUGAUCCGUACCGACCUCCUCCCUGCUUGGGCAGCGUGGAGGCUCAGGACCUUGCCUGAAGAGCUGAUUUUUCCUUGUUGGCAGAAAGAGGAGCUCAAACAGCUUCUGAACGUGUGUGCAUUGAACUUGCGGAGCUGAGCCUGCACACCUGCAGCCCUGCCUGGCACAGCUGGUCAUUCAUUUCAGCUGGUUUGUGAAACCCCUUCCUUUCUGCUUGUCCCGCUGUUCUGAACUCAUGUUCCUCUGAGAUCCCCAUGACUGCACUUUACAUGUGUGAACAUUGAGGGGGAAAGAUUUUCAAGCUUCUAGGCUCAGAUGGAAAGUGAAGACACUUUCUGGGAGAAUUUGCAGGGGUUAACCUGACUGCAAACAUCUCAUCCAGCCAAGCAAAGAGGAGAAAGAUUACUUGGCUUUAAUCUACUUCAUCUUCAAAAAUAUUUAAUAAAAGAGGGAAAAUAAAUUUGUGGGGGCUCAUGGCACCCUGAGAGCAGACAAAAAGGUAAAAUUAAUCCUAUCGAUAAUUCAUGAUGAAUGAUUCACUCAGCUCUUUUAUUAACGGUUGCAUACAGUUAUCCUCAUUCAUGCAGAGAUGCGGUACUCAUGGAAAUAUAGACAGAGUCAGAUGCAUAUAAAAUAUGAAGCCCAGCGAGGGCUCCUGCUCAGCCGGGGUGACAUCCAGCAUGUCUUGCACGUUGUCCAUGGCCGCGGGACCUCGCUGGGCUGAGCACGGGGCUGCGCAGCCGCCCGGCUCUUGGGAGCUCCAGGAGGUUUCUGCACAGAUGUGUCCCAGGGCUUGGCUCCUCGCUGCUUCCGUUGUCACAGCAAGUCCAUCCCAGUGCUCUAGUGGGGAUAAGGAUGGGAAGGGUUUUGUGUCACCCUCCCUUGUGACAGGGUGGGCUCAUAGGAAGACGGGCUAUAAAGCCAGUGCAGCCCAGUGUGCCUCAUGCUGGGAGAGGUGGCGCUGGUGGCCCCAGCCCUCCCCUGCACUGAGGCUUUGCUCUUUUGCCAGGUUACACCAGAAUCCUUUCUCUGGUUUCAGUGGGGUGGUCCCAGCCUCCCGCUGCACAACAAGACAGACACCCAACUGCCCCAUGGUGCUGCACAGGGGGGUGGCGGGAGAUGCACUUCUGCCGCCCAGGCAGCUCUUUUUCCUCCAAAACUUCUUUGAAGGAGAAAAGAACCUGGUAGAAAAUUUUCAUUAGAAAUAGGAUUUUUAAAAAACACAAGUUAAAAGAAAGUGGUGGAAAGUUCUGUCACGCUUCUGUGGCCUGCAGAGAGAGGACUGAGGUGGCCCAGCGCUCCGAGAGCCUUGCCCAAGAGGAGUCAGAGGAAGCGCCAGACGAUGCUGAUGAGCAGGGGACACAACCCCAUCAGACACCGCUCAGGUUUGGGGAGCACCGUGGGUGUGCGAACCGAGAGGAGAAACCAGGACGUGCACAGAGCCAGCAGCAACGCCAGCCUGUGAGGACAAACCGUGGGACAGAUGUGGCUUCAUCAAAGGGAGGAGAAGAGACAGCCCAGGAUGCAGCCCCAGCGCUUCUCCAGGUACCCGCGUCUGCUCAGGCUGGGGAUGCUUUAUUAUCAACUGCCAUGUCACACUCCCUCAUCCUUCCAUUUCUGGUGGUUUGUUUAGUAGUUUCCAGCUCACGAGCUGUAAACGUGGAAUUUGUCUUCAAAAAAAAAAUUACUCAUCCCUUGAUAU